UUUACAUCAAUUCAAAGUUUAGAAAUGAAUAAACACACGACAACACGAGUCGUGCUUUCACUUCUUCUCUUGGUCUCCGAUCACACAAGGCUAAUGAUUCACGUUCACUCGUACGUACCGUUUUGUGCAUACACGUAUGAUUAUUUCUCUUAUUGUCUUGAAUUUCUCACGGGCAAUUACUACAAACCCGGUAAGAAAUGUUGUGUCCACAUCGCAAAACUUAACAUAAUUGCCAAGCACAAAAAGGAGAAUCCGAGACUUCUGUGUAAUUGUGUUGAGAUGAUGACGAGAGGUUAUACACCUCCGAUGUUGGCUGAUAAGAUCCAAGAGCUUCCUCCUCUUUGCAACACACAUCUCAGCUUCCCUAUCUCAUCUAGCAUGGACUGCUCCACGGUUUAAGUCUAGAGAGGUUGAGUGGCUAAUCUAUUUUGGAAGGUUCAACAAAAAUGGAUCUAAGUGUGUAUCAGUGUAUGUAUUCAGUUUUGUUUUUUUUUUCUAAUUGUUUUUGGUUCAAGGUUUCGUUUAGAAAAUGUGACUGCCAAAUUAUAUAUUGAAUUUAGUCUUGGUGUAAUUUUCAUGAAAAAAUUACAUUAGAAGACACAUUUUCACUUCAAUUACACCUAGAGCCACAUUCUGUUUGAGGUAUAUUUCCUAGAGGUGAUUUGUCUAUUUUGUUCUUAUAGUUAUGUAACAAUUAUAUUUGCUUGGUUCUUCUUAUCUAUUUAUAUCCAUA